AUGCCGAACGAAACGAGCCAACUCAUCUCGACUACCCCCAACAAGAAAAGUCACAACGUCUUUCAAAGAUGUCUUCACAAGUCAAGCAGAUUAUUGACAGGAUCAUACUCGACACGCAAGACCCGGGAAGUUGACAGGCCAAAGCCCAGAGAGCACAACGAGGAGACAGAGUAUGCGGAUUGUAGCUGGUACCUCAACGCGACCCAGGUCAAGCUCGACGAAGCAGAGACUGUGACGGGAGCACAAUUGGUUCGCAACUACCGGCACAUGGUGUGGGAGAGAUCCGAGGACCACACUCUAUCCAGCGGCCCUAGCCCGGACCAAGGACUCGAAAUCACCGCCCUGGCCGAACAGCUCGACGCCUUGUGCUUGGCUGUGGACGACGCCGUCAUGAGCGUGCUGAGCCACGCGGGGGAAGAGGAUCGGCUGCGGGCCGUUGGUCUGGGCCUCACGGCUAUUCUGCCCAUGGUGACGACGAGACCGGCGCGGCCGGGCCUGCUGCGCGAGUUGCACGAAAAGGCCGGACAGCGCGGCCAGACAGAGGUUACCGUCGGUGGAAACGGCACGGAGAGCCAGUCAGUCUGGGUGAAUACGUUUUACCUGCGCACCUACACGGCGGCCUUGGCGUAUGUGUUUCACCAGUGCCAUGAACUGCCCGCCGAGUAUGAGGCUCAGUUGAUGGACAUUGCCUGGAAGUUUUGGUAUGACCAGGUUGUGCGAAUACUCCUGGAAGAGGAUUUAUGA